CAACAAGUUUAUUCCGGUCAUAAACAAAUGUUGCCACAUUAAGUGACGUAACUUCCUUAUGACUCAUUCCCGCCUUGGUAUUGAAAUCCUUUAAGAAGAAAGAAUUGGUAAUUUCUUGAUUUCAGAGCAGCUGGUUUAUGAUGCAGCUAUGUCUGUUCAUCAUGUGCUUUGGUUUACAGUCCUCCUGUUCUCCCAGGGCUGUUGGGGAGAAGUAACAAGACAUGUUGACUGUGAGACACUGAAAAUACAAAACGCCUACAAAUACUGCAUAGAUGUAAAGGAGCAAUAUACAUGUGUGUUCUGGGAAUCAGAGUCUUUGUGGCUUGCUGAACUUUGCAUAAACAAAAGCAGUAAACUAGCAUCCAGUGUAAAUUAUGCCAAUUUCUCCUGCAUUAUAAUCUUGGUGUGUUUGAAUGUCACCCACAUUGGCCAAAGUACUACUCAGGAGACGUGGACCCAUAUCAUUGUAUCUGGUGCGUCAGCUAGAGAUGGUGAGAAAAAACACAAUCAUGAAGACACUAGCAAAAGAGCUGUAAGAAUUGAUGUUAUUGUUUCCAUUGUCAUCGGGGUUGGGGUUGUGGUCGGGGUUGGGGUCGGAGUCAUAGUCAUAGUCAGAAAGCAGAAGAGGCAGACCAAUGGGGAUGCAGAUCAGGAUAAUAUUGAGAUGAACGAUAGGGGAACAGCCACCAGGCUGAAUGGGCAAACAGUUAAUUCCAGCACUUAUGAAUGUAAUGAAGACCUGGUUGUUGUUCUGGAUCAACAUCUGAGAAACGGAAAUGCGCUGUGUGACAGCGGCAAAGGAGUGAAAGACUUGCUAGGAGAUGAAGAUGAAAAGCCAGCAGAUAAUAAUGGAACAGAGAGAGAAUCCUUUGAGAAGACACAUGAGGAUUCCCCUAUACCCACUGUACCCAAGAUUUUCAGCAUUAACAACCAGACCAAGGAACCAACGCCUGAUGCACAGAGUCGAGGACAUCCUAUGACUCAUGGAGGUCCUCACAUGUCUAAUGGGACACCAGAGGAGACCACCAAUCUACUGGACCAGGACCAAGUCACCAGCCAUCUGAUGUUAAGAGACAAAGGACCUAAUUACAUUAAGUCAAGAGGAGGAGGACUGUAACAAGUGGUGGACGCUUGAAUACAUCCACAAAAAUAGAUGAACUGGUUCGGAUAAAUAUAACACACUGCUCAAAAUAAUUAAGGGAAAACAAAAAUCACACACCAGGUGUCAAUGAAAAAAAUAUAUUAAAGAUAAAAAUCUUUACUAUGGAUUGCAAUUUGCUUAGAGAACAAAAUGAUGCAACGGAAACCAAAAUCACCAACCGAUUGAGGGCUGAUUUCACAUUUACACCAAAAAUGAAAGUAAACAAUUGAAAUCACAGGCUGUUCCAACUUGCGUGAAUUUCAUCCCGGCAACUCAUAAUGUGACUCAGUAGUGUGUAUGUCCCCCACGUGCCUGUAUGCACUCCCGACAAUGUCUGGAGAAUGUUCUUGAUGAGAGGGCAGACAGUGUCCUGGGGGAUCAACUCCCAGACCUGGAUCAAGGCAUCAGUGAGCUCCUGGACAGUUCUGUGGUGCUACUUAGCAGUGUCAGAUGCACUG